UUGUUGAAGCACAACCAACGUCAGUGAAUUCUUCGUAACAUCAACUUUAUUUACGAUAUUUUUCGUAAACAUUUUUUUCAAUCUUUAAAAGUAUACUGAACAAGUACUGUCCUUAUGUCACAGGGACAAUAUGCAUGUGUCCGAGUCUAUGUUUUUGUGUAUCCUGUAUCUGUAUGCCAUGUGUUAUCUCUUUGUCAUGUGUUCCUUCCAUCAGUCCAUUUCGUCUCAUUUUUUCAUCUAUUCACUUUUCAUUUCAUUUCACCAUCCAAUAACUAAGGUGACGGGCCUCAUUCAUACUUUAUUGAUUACCAUUUGGCACGAUAUUCACGCUUUUCUAUGCGCCUGCGCACUGAUAUUAUAGAAGUUAUGGCGAGAGCCGUGUUUUUGUCAUCUCUCUGACAAUUUAUUAGUGCCUGGGUAUAUUUGCAGGUAAAUAUUGUUGUCAAGAUUUCAGUUAACCAUUAUAUUUGUAUGCGUAUAUUUUCGUGUGGUUUGUUUACGUAUUAUUUCGAUUGCACUGAUAUUAUAGAAGUUAUGGCGAGAGCCGUGUUUUUGUCAUCUCUCUGACAAUUUAUUAGUGCCUGGGUAUAUUUGCAGGCUCCAGACCCUAUUCUCCCUCUCCCUAAAUGCAGAACUCACGAGUAUCCGUGACAUUUGGUGGCCAGUGUAACAUUUUGGGAACGCAGAGCGAGACAGUCUAGGGACGAAUACGAGCCGUGUUCCGGGAUUAACCUCCCGCUUCAAAAACAGCCAAUGAAAAUUGGGGAACCCCGUGCUGACGUCACAGACCGUAUCAAUAUGGAUUUCCGUAUUCCAAUACACAUGUGUUUUAAAAGUUUGUCGUAAUUUUCAUUAUAUUGAAAGCUUUCUGAAACUUUAAAACGCUUUAGACGUUUACAUAUUAGUUCACUUAAUUGAAUGAGUGGCAUGCCAACACCUGUCAUUACGUAUAUCAUCUUCGUUCGCCGUGGGAUUACUGGACCGGACAGUUUGUUUACUUUUUGUGCGGUGGAAUGUGCAUAAACAUUCAGUGAAUUUAGUGAUAAAAGUGACAUUUAAGUGAUUUAAGUAUCUAAUCUUCAUGACAUUGUUUAGGUUUGAGAUUGAGAAUCUGAGGUCCAGCUGCACAGUGCACUUCACAGUUACAUCAGAUUACAGAUUAACACCAGAGCCGCUUUCAGCUAUCUCUUUCGCAUGAGUUACCAUUAAUCUGCCAGGUGAUUGGUGAGCUAACAUUUCAUUUUUCAUCUCUAUUACAUCAUUGUCCUGCAUGUAGUAUAUAGAUCCUGUGACAUUUGAAAAAAAAAAAAAAAAAAAAAAAAAAAAACUUUAGUGGGAACCAGAGACCUGAUUGAGAGCUGGCAUUUAGUUAGUCACUUUCUUAGAAGUAGUACAAGUAUUUAAUCGGGGUAGUACCAUAGUUGGACUUGUAAAUUUUACAACUUGAACCCUAAAAUUGUGUACCAGAAUUAUACAUUGUGGUUGUUAGCCAAAUUAUCAUUAGUAUUUAAAAAUACUGCUGAUAAUUAAUUAUACUGAACAGGUUGAAAAUACAUUGGGCUGAAAAGUGAUUAUACAUUUAUACUGUAAAAAAAAAAAAUGAAAUAAUUUUUACAGUUGAUUUAUUUUUAGAGCUUGGAUAAAUUCAUAGGUUCAAACAGAAUACAUCUACGGUGUUGUACAGUGUAGAUUGUAUUCUGUUCAUGCAAACACGGCAUUUUUUACGAACUAUUUUGAAGCAGAAGAUUUUUAUGCGGAAAUCGGUUGCGGUCAGGUAAUUGGGUAGAAUUAGGUGAGUUGCGGUUUUGUCUGUAAAUAACUUUACCAUACACAGAGCAUUUAGUGUUGGCUGUUGAGAAGUUGUGGUUAUAAUUCGAUAACAGCAGAAUAUUUCAGUUAUAAGUAUGUUGGGCAUUAGUUGCCACUAGUUAUUCAGACAACUUUUCAGUUUACUUGAGAGUCCGCUGAACCAAUCUCUGAUAUUAGGUAUCUAGUAUAGAUGAACCAUACCACAUUAAGGUUGAACAGGCGUGUGAUCACUGCUCAUCCCGUCAGUUAUGUAUGGCGUACAUAGAGUGCCAUCAUUAAGUACAAGACUGAUAUUAUUUUGUAUGUUUUUGUGAUUGGAUUUUGCACAUAAAAGCUGCAUUAACUAUUUGAAUAUUUUAGUGUGCGUUUCUUCAAUUUUUUCAAGAAAGUAGAGUUUGACUUUUCCUACGGUGUACAGUAGUGGACAUAACCUGUGUCCAUAAAAUUUAGAAAUCUCUCUGUGGACAGACUGUUUAGCCAGAUAAGUCGAACUUAAGUUUAGAUUUGAUAUUGUGUUUUGUGACAGUACUAUUGUAUGGUGUACUGAAAGGACCACUUUUAAAUUGCAUUUAUAGUAUGUACUCACUAGAUAAGUGCGAACAUACUUGUAAAUAAAAUUGUUUGGUAACAUUUAUUCGCAAGUUUUGUUUUGUUUGCAAGAUGUCGGUGUAUGUAAACAUGGAGGAGGGCACUAGUACAUGUAAUUCAGGAUCACAAACUGCGGAUAAAAGUGAUGAUGUAGACUUAGAUUAUUGCAUAAGACGUGUACUUAAUUCUGGUUAUACAAUUGAUACAGCCCGUAAUACCUCAGAUAGAACUCCAGUGCAUUCGGGCUUCGGGUUUGGUACACCAACCCCAGAUAGAGAGUUUCGUAGUUUGUAUGACUGCUCUCCACCUACAUUGUACCCUUACAAUGCACGCCCUUCUUUAGAAACUGGUCUUUCACAAACUCAAGGUAGACAUUACUCCUUUAGACCCGGGUGUGAUACUACCCCUAAUUAUUCACUUCCUCGGGAUAGAACGUCUUAUCGUGUAUCUUUUGGUCCAGAACGCCCCAGUACAGCUUCAGACACAAAUCCCCCUGUGAAACAGAUUGGUGAUUUCUCACAGAAGAACAAAAGCUCAGAUACACCAGUAGGUAUGAGGCCUCCUGGCAACUUACCUCCUAUGUAUUCACCAUCUUUUACAAGUUCCUAUGCUAUACCUCCACAAAGACUUCCUAAACUCCCACAGUUCUCUGGGGAAUGUAAGAAAGAGGAUGUAGAGUUUGUAGUAUGGAAAUAUGAGGUGAAUUGUCUCCUUAAAUGUGGCAUUUACUCAGAGUAUUGCAUUCUGGAGUCAAUUAGAAAUAGCUUAAAAGGCAAGGCCAGAUCAGUUUUGCUUCAUUUGGGUGAAUGGGCAACUGUUCCAGAAAUCAUGAGGGAGAUGGAUGCAACAUAUGGAAAUGUGGCAACUCCUGAGAGGCUUAAAGAGCAGUUUUAUUCAGCAACUCAACGAGAGGGCGAGUCAAUAGUUGACUAUAGUCUGAGGUUAGAGCAUCUCCUCUGUAAUUCACAAAUUGAUCUCGAUAGAACCAUGCGAGAGGACAUGUUGAGAAACCGGCUUUGGUCAGGUCUGAGGGACCAAGAGUUGAAGAAUGCAACUCGAUAUAAGUACGAGUCUGUGCAAGACUAUACAAGGUUAAGAAGGGAGCUAAGGCAGGUAGAGGAAGAUAUUAAGACAGGACAAGUGGAUAGGUCUGUUAGUAGCAAGAGCAGAAUUACUUUUGGCGAGAAGGAUAGUGAUGUUGGAAAAGCUAAAGAGCCAGAUGCCAGGCAGUGUAGUACAGCUUUUGAGUCAAAGCUAUUGAAACAGCUGCAGGAUUUAACUACAGAAAUGAAAGGUCUUAAUACAAGAGUCAGCAAUAUUGAGAAAGAUCUUGAAGAGGCUAAGAAGAAUAGGAACAGGCCAGAGAAUUCUUCAAGAAGAUGGGGUAACAGACGCCCAGUAGAUAGGAAUCAAGAGAAGGGAACCAGCUCGAAUGAUAAGCCGGAUUCUACUUCAUCGGCCUCCCAAGAGCAGCCUUUAAACCAACAGAAUCCUCCUCCAAAGGGCCAGUAGGAGGAUUGUGUAAGGAAAAUGGCCCACCAGUUGUU